UUUCCAGAUUUAAUAUGCAAAUUGCAAACUUUUGCUUCAACUGAGCAUUUCUUGUGAUAAAAAACCUUUAGAUUCUUAAGACAAUUUAGACAGCUUUUGUUUUUGUAAGAAUUAUUAUAGGUAACAUAUUCAUUAAACAUAUUGCCAUAUAAGUGUUCCGUAGUGUUAUUUACAAUAAGAAAUUAUAUCAAACCAUGGAAAAUGAUAUAUUGGAUUCUCUUAGCGAUUUGGGUUACGAAGGGCCAUUAUCUAACGAAGAAGCCUUCGCCAAAGCAUUGGAAGUUGGACCCAAGUCUCUUGAAUAUACAAAGUUAGUGCACAUACUGGCCGAAGAGUUAAAGAUGUUGUGCAGUUUAGAAGAAAAUGUCAGCAUUAUGAAUGAUUCCGACGAGUCCAGUUCGUUUCUUCUAGAACUGAGCUCAUUUCUGAAAGAGCUUGGAUGUCCAUAUAAAAAAUUGGUGACAGGCCAUAUGUCAUCUCGUCUCCAGACCAAAGAGGACAGAAUACUCCUUCUAGAUUAUCUGGUGUCGGAGUUAAUGGCCGCUAGGAUGGUCAGCGUUGAUUGUGUUAAAGAAAAUACGGGCAUGCAGAUUGUUAUGCAAGAAUCUCAAACAGCUAAAGAUCUUAAGGACAUAUUGAUAACUCUUAAAUUCAACAAACCACCCCCAAACAUCUCACCGGACAUGCUGUUUGCCAAACUGGAAGCUAAACUUAAGGAUGCCAUUGCCAAAGAAGGUGAUUUAGUAGGUAAGCCGUUGUACAACAAGACGCUAACGGACAAACAAUGGAAAGAUUUAGAUGAUUUUUACAAGGAAUUGUUUGAAGACUACAGACUGAGGCGAGAAACACUCAUAACGAGGCUAGAGUGUACCGUACAGAGCUUUGAAUGGUCGGAUCGUCUCAAAUCAAAGACGGAUAUAAUCCAAUCAACGUACAGGCCUAAGAGAGAACAGUUGAAAUUGAAGCCAGCGGUGAAUUUAUCAGAUUUCCUCGCAGCUAGGACGGACUUGCUGUACGUGGAAAAGACAUCCAGCGCUAGUGUCAGGAAAAACACUAUCAGUGAUGUCAAUAAGGUCUUAAUAGGAAGGGUACCCGAUAGAGGUGGUCGACCAAACGAGGCCCAACCUCCCCCUCCGGAGAUGCCCUCAUGGCAGCAGAGAUCUACACAGGGGGGAGACCGAGGAGGUAGGGGAGGAGGUCAAGAUAGAGGAGGGAGGGGCGGAGUUCAAGGAGCUAGGGGAGGAGGUCAAGAUAGAGGAGGGAGGGGUGGAGGUCAGGAGAGGGGAGGGAGAGGAGGUCAGGGGGGUUACAGGGGAAAGGGCGAAGGUCGAGGUGGUCGGGUCCAAGGUGGAUAUAACCAGAGCUCAGGGGAUGUGAGACAAUCAAACUAUCAGAAGGGUUACGAACAGAACCCUGGCUAUGAUAACAGAUACAAUCAGCCGAAUAAUCAAGGCGGCGGUGGAUAUCAAAACCAGGACUACCAAAAUAGUUAUGGUUAUCAAAAUAACCAAGGCUACCAAAAUAACCAAGGUUACCAUGGUAACCAAAAUAAUCAAGGUUACCCAAAUAACUAUGGUUAUCAAGGUAAUCAUGGUUACCAAAGUAACCAAGGUUUCUCUGGUUACCAAAGUAACCAAGGUUUCUCUGGUUAUAAGAAUGAACACGACGAUCGCAGACGCGGUGGUUUUAGAGGACGUCGUUGACACACAAAGAAAAUUUUAACCAUAACAUGUAUAAUUGAAGUUAUUUGUAAUAACUCAACUUUAUUACAGCACAGGAUUUAAAAUUAUAUUUUUCCCUAAAUUUUAAUAUUAUAUCUGUGUUUGAUUAAUUUAUUUUUAUGUAUUAAUAGCUUUAAAUUUUCUCUUAUGGCAAUAAUAUCGAUCAGCGCCAGUACUAAAUAAUGCUGAAUGUUUAUCUCAAGAUAUCUAACACUAUAACCUCAUUUACAUUGUAUUAAUAGAUAUUAUUAAAAAAAAAAAAAAUAUAUAUUUUGCCUUAGCUACUAUGUAAUUGGUAUAAAAGGUCUGAAAAUGUAGUCAUUAAAAAUUGAGACUGAUUAUAAUUUUUUUUUUCUUUUAUAUAUGAAUAUUAUAAUACAAAUCACAGUUAAAUAGCACUUAGUUCAUAACUAAUUUUAACUAGCUGAAAUUAGUUUUAGGCGAGUACAGUCG